AUGGAAUCUGUAAUCUAUUUAACUUUGCUACUUCUACUACUCCCUCUCCUUCUCUUCCUCAAUAACAGAUCUUCCAAAAAGCUCCCACCAGGCUCUAUGGGGUUACCCAUAGUAGGCCAGAGCCUUAGCCUCCUACGAGCCCUGAGAGCCAAUUGGGGAGAGGAAUGGCUCCAAGAAAGGAUAAGAAAGUACGGUCCGAUUUCGAAACUCAGCCUCUUUGGGACCCCAACAGUUUUCCUCCAUGGACAGGCUGCAAACAAGUUCAUAUACACUUGUGAUGGCAACACAUUUGCCACCCAUCAGCCAACUUCAAUCAGGAGGCUCAUAGGUGAUAAGAAUUUAAUGGAGUUGGACGGUGACGAUCACCGGCGAGUCAGAGGAGCUCUUGUGUCGUUUUUGAAGCCGGAAGUGUUGAAGCAGUAUGUUGGGAGGAUGGAUGAGGAAGUUGGACAGCACCUUGAGAUGCAUUGGCAUGGCAAACAGGAGGUCACGGUGAUGCCACUGAUGAAAACCCUGACCUUCAACAUAAUUUGCACACUUAUAUUCGGUAUAGAAAGAGGAGCAAGAAGAGAUACACUUAUAGGGCUGUUUCAGGAUAUGAUGGAAGGAAUACUGUCUGUGCCAAUUAAUUUGCCAUUUACACGCUUCAACCAUAGCCUCCGGGCAAGGGCAAAAAUCAAAACCAUAGUUAUGGAUCUUAUAUCUGAGAAGAGGGUGCAAUUGGAGAAACAUGGGGCUUCCCCUCAUCAAGAUCUCGUCAGUUGCUUGCUAAGCAUCCGCAACAAAGACGGUUCAGCUGCAUUGUCUGACGAGGAGAUUUUGGACAAUGCCGUCAUUGUAAUGCUUGCAGGACAUGAAACUUCCUCCAUUUUACUUACCUUCUUGGUCAGACUUUUCGCCAACAACCCGUCCGUCUACUCUUCUGUUCUUCAAGAGCAAGAAGAGAUUGCCAAGAGCAAAGGCUCUGGGGAGCUUCUCAGAUGGGAAGACCUUAUGAAGAUGAAGUACACAUGGAGAGUAGCAAUGGAGACACUAAGGGUGACCCCUCCUAUAUUUUUAUCCUUCAGGAGGACUCUCAAAGAUGUUGAAUAUGGAGAUUAUAUAAUUCCAAAAGGGUGGCAAGUGGUUUGGUCUGCAAGCAUGACUCAUAUGGAUGAAACAAUCUUCCCAGAACCAGAAAAGUUCGAUCCAAUGCGCUCGGAGAAACAAGGAACUCCCCCUCCUUACAGUUUUGUGGCAUUUGGAGGAGGCGCCAGGAACUGUCCUGGAUAUGAGUUUGCAAGAAUGGAAACUCUGGCUAUGGUUCAUCACUUGGUUACCAAAUUCACAUGGAAGCUAUCAUGCAAAGAUGAUUCCUUUAGCAGAGAUCCAUUGCCAGUUUUCAACAAGGGGCUACCAAUCCAUAUUGAAGAGAAGAAAUCUAAAUCCAUGUAG